AUGUCGCUCAAACGGGUCCACGUCUUCAGACAGGAUUCUCUUGCUGUCCAGGAACGCCUGAAUAAUGCAGAGGUUUCUGAAAGUCAGAGGAGGGGAAAGUCGCUCUCCAAGAUUGACAGCGAUUUUCAGAUGGCCCCACUCCAGUCCGACAGCGAGAUCUCGUUCGACCUGGCCGAGUACACGGCCAACGUGGACGGGGUGGGGACGCUGCGUCUGCUGGACGCCAUCAAGACCUGCGGGUUAACCAACAGCGUCCGGUUCUACCAGGCGUCGACCAGCGAGCUGUUUGGGAAGGUGCAGGAGAUCCCGCAGAAGGAGACCACGCCCUUCUACCCCCGCUCCCCCUACGGAGCUGCUAAACUGUACGCCUACUGGAUCGUGGUGAACUUCAGAGAAGCCUACAACAUGUUUGCUGUCAACGGGAUCCUGUUCAACCACGAGAGUCCCAGACGAGGCUCCAACUUCGUGACGAGGAAGAUCAGCCGCUCGGUGGCGAAGAUUCACCUGGGCCAACUGGAAUCCUUCAGCCUGGGGAACCUGGACUCCAUGAGGGACUGGGGCCACGCCCGGGACUACGUGGAGGCCAUGUGGCUGAUGCUGCAGGAGGACGAGCCCGACGACUUCGUCAUCGCCACCGGGGAAGUGCACAGCGUCCGCGAGUUCGUGGAGCGAGCCUUCAAACACGUGGGAAAGACCAUCGUGUGGGAGGGGAAGGAUGAGAAGGAGAUCGGCCGUUGCCAGGAGACGGGCGUCGUCCACGUGAAGGUGGACCCCAAGUUCUUCCGUCCCACCGAAGUGGAUUACCUGCAGGGCGACGGCAGCAAGGCCUUCCAGAAGAUCGGCUGGAAACCCAAGGUCACGUUCCAGGAGCUGGUGAAGGAGAUGGUGGACGCAGACGUGGAGCUGAUGAGGCAGAACCCCAACGCCUGAGGACCAAGGGCCUGGUACCGGGGACCGUUCCAGACCUGGUCCAGACCUGGUCCAGACCUGAAGACCUGCCCUUUACUUGACCUCAUUCCCACCUCCCCAUCCUCAGAUGGGGAGAUUGUCCUCCUCUCAUCCUCUCCAUCCUCCUCUCCUCUUUUACUGGGAACCAAUCGUUGCCUUGUCGUCUCUGCUUUAUGUUUCUGUUUUAUUGUUGUUUUAUUCUCUCCGUUUUAAGGCCUUUUAUAUCCAAACACUUGAUCGUGUCGUAAUUUAUAAAUCGAGUUAAAUGGGUUUAUUUGUUGUUGUUUUUUCAUGGUGAUGGAAAAGUGCUGUCUGUUUUUAUUUACUUACUUUAAAGAUGAUGAUUAUAAAGAAUAUGGUGAUGAAGUUCAUAAAUGAAGGUUUUUGGUUUUUCUUUUCUACAUAAAAAUAUUAACGAGCCAUUUUCUCUCAUGAAAUGAUUGUUUUUUACUGUACGAGAAAUGAAAAAAGGGUUUAAGAAGGAAAAUAAAAUAAAAGCAAAAAUCUGGUAUUUGGCA